AACACGAUGACAUCUCCAAAGUUUGUCCUCUACCUGACAUGUUUCCUGGGGGUGAUUUCUCUGAUAACUGCUCUGAAAUCAUCCUCAUCUGUUCAUCGAGAGAGCCGAGUAACUGGAGAGAAACUGACUUUACAAUGUUUCAAUGAAGAUGAAACUGUUACACAGGUGUUUUGGUUCAAACACACUGUGGGAGAGAAACUAAAGAUCAUCUCUUCUUCCCACAAAUAUAUAGAUCAUACUUUUCAUGGUGAAUUCAAAGACAAUCAACGCUUCUCACUGGAUACUCAAGGUAGAAUAAAUAAUUUGACAAUCUCAGAUUUGCACGUGUCAGACUCAGCUACUUAUCACUGCUUAAGCUGCCGUUACUGCAUGAUGGAAGUUAUGGAAACUGUUCACGUGGAUGUGAAGAGUUCAGGGUUUAAUGUCCCAGCCGUCAUCCAUCAGUCAGAGUCUGAGACCAUCCAGCCAGGAGGCUCUGUGACUCUGAACUGUACCGUCCACACUGGGAGCUGUUAUGGAGAACACAGUGUGUACUGGUUCAAAGACUCUGAAGAAUCUCAACCAGGACUCAUUUACACCAGUGGAGGAAAGAAGGAUCAGUGUGAGAGGAAGCCUGAUUCACAAACACACACCUGUGUCUACAACUUGCCAAUGAAGAACCUGGAUCUGUCUCAUGCUGGGACCUACCACUGCGCUGUGGUCUCAUGUGGACACGUUCUGUUUGGAGACGGGAUCAAGCUGGACUUUAAAGACCGGGUGGACCUUCUUGUCUUGGUGUAUUGUUUGAGUGGAGCUUUGAUAUUUGUGACUCUCCUGGUAGUGGUCUUGGCCUUCUCACUGUACAAGAUGAACAAAAGGAUCCGUUUCCUGUCUCAAGAGGCUCAAACAAGUUCUUCAGUCCCCUCUGCUAGAAACCUGGAGGGUCACAGAGAAGCAGACAACCUCUUUUAUGCUGCUCUGAGCGACAACAAGCCCAACACAUCAAGAAGACAGAGAAACACGACCACAGAUGAGUGUGUGUACUCCAGUGUGAAGCAGUAGAAGUCAAAUUUAUACUUAUUUUGUCGGACCAGAAUUUCUUCCAUACUUCAAUUAUGCCAGUCUAAUUUGAAUAUUUCAGCACGUAAACGUUUUCAGUGAUUUAAAUUUAAGUUUGAAUUUGAGUGAGUCUUUUGUUCUGCUUGAUUAAAAGCUGUGUAUUUCCUUUUUUUUUUUUUAAAGUGCGCUCUGAUGUGUUUGACCUAAACUCUUCCAGCACUUUGGACUGUGUUACUGAUUUAUAACAAGUAAACCUGUGAAUAUUUAUAUUUCCAGUCAUAGAAGUAGGACUGAAGGAUGUUGUUAUUAAUAUACUGUGAAUA